CUCACAAGCUCCAAUUCCCAAACUGAAGAAGCCCUCACUCAAGCUCUCCCAGGGAUUCCAGGAAGCAGAUAAAUACAACGAACCACAGUCAUGUCACACCAAGAUCUCACCCACUCAAUGACAGGCGCCAAAGGCGAAUUCCUCAAUCGGGCCUAUGCACUGGAUUCCACAUCAGCCGCUCACGACCUAUACUCCGAAUGGGCAGCUUCAUACGAUCGAGACCUCGCCGAUGGCGCAUAUGCUUCUCCUCUCCGAGCAGUAGAAGCACUACUUCGGCAUCUUCCCUCUGCCGCAACCUCGGACCAAUUGGAGAAACCAGCACUGGCGGUCCUCGACGCUGGAUGCGGGACGGGCAUGGUUGCCGAAUGCCUAAUCCCUUCUACUCAACUCACUGGACAAAGUUUUGUCGUCGAUGGCGUGGAUCUCACACCUGGAAUGCUGGAUGUUGCGAGGGACAAGGAUUUUUACCGGAAGCUCUCGACUGCUGAUCUGAAUGAGCCUUUGCUGAUUGUGGAUGGGACGUAUGAUAUCGUUAUGUGUGUUGGAACUCUCACGAAGGGCCAUGUAGGGCCGAAGGUGUUGGGCGAAUUCGUGAGAGUGGUGAAGCCGGCAGGCGGUUUGGUUGUGGCGACUGUGCAUGAUGAGAUCUGGGAGUCGGGUGGAUAUGAAGCUGAAGUGGAGAAUCUACAAAGUGCUGGCUUGGUCGAAGUUCGAGGUACGGAUGAGUUUGGAAUCAUAGAAGGCCAGAGUAAAGGUGGGAGGAUGGUGGUGUUGCGAAGGAGCUGAGAAAUUGACUCUGCCGAGACAACUCUGCGGAUCACUUAGCGUAGCUUGUUUCUGAGCUGUCGUACUGGCACGGGAAGACUUGUGCCCUAUAUACCACAUUAGCCGUGUGAAGAAGCGGAGGAAGAAGCUUUGUUUGCAUAAAGCUUGCAGGUAGUCGAGGAUCGGCAUGCCACGCGGCGCAUCCUUCGCAAUCAACCGCGCCAAUAUAUAUAAAUCUGCAGGCA